AUGAGCGUUAUAGGACUUGGAGACUUUGAUCACACUGCAAAUCAUGUGCUUGCAAAUUUUCUAUACCGACUUGAUGACGAUAUAGGGGAAUUUAGGAAAGAUACAUCCCGUCUACCAAAACUUGAUCCCAGCCCUAAUUCGUCUUCAAUAGAUAGAAUUGUCGGAAUUGGGUACGAUCAAACAUAUCUGAACAAUGUAGUCGUUCCUCCAAGAGGAACGGCCGUCUCUAUUCCUUCCGAUUAUGACGAGAAACUUCUCGACGACGUUGUAAAACUUUUUCUAAAUAGGUGAGA